AUUGCUACUUAAUUACUAUUAUAAUUAAAACAGUGAAAUAGUUGAAAAUUGACGUACGUACAAUAGACAGAAAAAUAUAAUAAUAAUUAAAAUGUAAAAUCUAUUAUUUUAGUUUAACAAUUUUUGCUGUCAAUUUUGUUUAGGUAAUACUUAGUUUGAAAUCUCAUAGGAUUAUGACCAAAAUAUUGUCCAUUUCUUUUAACGCAGUGACUAAUGACAAUCACGAAAAUGAUAAUCAAAACAUUGUUACAUUAUUAUAACAAAUACCAAUAUUAGUGGUCGAUGUAUUUGAAUCUAUAUUAAAUCUUAAAGAUUUUUUCAUAAAUCCCUAUUACGUCGGAAAUGAAUCUCUCUUUUGCUGAUGAACUGAUGCAACCUGUGGGUACUAAAAAAAAUCGCAAAAAACAACCUUAUUAUUUCUAAUAUUUAUUAAAUAUUUACUAAAAAACGGUUUCGUGAUAAUCAGCGGCACCGUCACGAGUCAGUGGUGCCGAGCGCUGUACACAGUGUGCACCAGCCUUCGCGCCACACAUUCUCAGACUCUGAUUGGACCACGCGAAUGGCGUGAUGCGCAAAGCCAUCGUACGCGCAGGUUUUUUUCAUUUAAUCAACCUCUUGCGGCGGUGCUGCCCCCACGCUACGUGCUAAGCUGGUGGUGACGUAUAUUCGACCGACGCGACGCGUCGUCGUCGAUCGUGCCACGCUACGUUAUCGAACACACACCGACGCUGAAGGUCAACGGUGUUUUAAAUAAUGUCAAAACUGAAUUCGAAAUUGGUGAUGGCAAGGCUGGAUUUCUACAGACAGUGUUCGUCGUCGCGUACAUGUUGUUCGCGCCAAUAUUUGGCUACUUAGGAGAUAGAUACUCAAGGCGCGUCAUUAUGGCCAGUGGCGUUGCGCUCUGGAGUCUAACAACUUUCUUUGGCUCGUUUUUACACGAUUACGAGUCGUUUGCAUUCUUCCGUGGUCUCGUUGGAAUUGGAGAAGCCUCGUACUCCACGAUAGCCCCUACCAUCAUCAGCGAUCUCUUCGUGGGGGAUGUAAGAUCGAAGAUGUUAGCAUUCUUCUAUUUUGCCAUCCCAGUCGGAAGUGGUCUCGGAUAUAUAGUAGGGUCAGUUGUGGGUGCAGCGCUAGGCAAUUGGCGAUACGGUCUACGGGUGACGCCUUUCUUUGGCGCGAUUGCCGUCGCGCUCAUCAUAUGGGUCAUGGAAGACCCGGAACGAGGCGCCUCCGAAGAGAGUCACAUAAAACCCACUUCGUAUAAGGACGAUCUGCGUGCUCUCAUAAAAAAUCCAUCGUUCAUGCUGUCGACGAUCGCUUUUACAUGCGUAGCGUUCGUGACCGGCGCGCUCACGUGGUGGGGACCGCAAGUUAUUUACUUGGGUCUCGGCUUGCAACCUGGCAACGAGUUUUCCUUCGAAAGGGUUUCGCUAACGUUCGGCGCGAUCACCAUGGUGUCGGGCAUGUUGGGCGUGCCGCUGGGCGCGUGGCUGGGCGCGGGGCUGCAGAAGCGGUGGGGCCGCGCGCACCCGCUGCUGUGCGGCGCGGGGCUGCUGCUGUCGGCGCCGGCGGUCGCGCUCGCCUUGCUUCUGACCGAGGGCUACAUGUACGCCCCUUUCGCCCUCAUAUUUAUCGGCGAGCUCGCGAUCAAUAUCAACUGGGCAAUCGUGGCCGACAUGUCGCUGUACGUUGUCAUACCACCAAGGCGUUCGACAGCAGAAGCUUUCCAGAUAUUAAUAUCGCACAUGUUUGGGGAUGCUGGAAGUCCGUACUUAGUCGGAGUUAUAUCAGAAAGUUUGAAGUCCUACUUGAUGCCAUCACCGGAUGAUUUGCCAAGUAAAACUGUAGAAUUCAGAGCGCUUCAGUAUGCGCUGUUCAUAACGUGCUUCGUGGAAGUACUCGGAGGAAUAUUCUUCCUUAUAACAUCGGCGUACAUUGUCAGGGACAAACUAAAAGUGGACAGAGCUAUUGCAGAAGCAGAAGCACAGCACACGGAGCCGUCCCACGCUUCAGCACACGAAGACAUUGUAGCCGGCGAAUAGAACACACAUUUUUAAAGUUGGUCAUAAAUAAAUAGUGAGAGGAAUUUGAACUUUCACAAACCAAGAGCAGUUUAUAUUGCAGUUAAGUAUCCGCGGUUUGCCUUGUAUUAAUCUUGAAUGGGAAAUGUUUUAACGUGUUCCGCUUUGAUACUCGUAUUAUUCGACGUACUUCUUUACAUAGGCGUAGUUACUUCGCUGUCACAUUGUUAAGACUGAUUUGUAAAGCAUAAUGCUGAACAGUGGUGGGAUCGGAUCAAUAAUUGUUGGAAUAAAUGUGUUGUGUGUAUAAAAUUUUAUUUAAAUUUAAUGUAGACCUCAAUGAAUUAUAUGUCCUUAUUUAAAUUUAAACCUAAUUGUGCCUAAUAAACAAAAUCACGUAGAUGAAAUUAAUUAUAGUUGUAUUCAUUAAAAAAAUCAUUUGAAACAUAGAAACUAGGCUGUUCUCGAAUAUUCCUAUAAUUUAUUCUAUUCCACUUCUCCAGUUCGUUAUUGAAUUAAUUUGUGUACAUUGAAUGUCUUAAAUUCGUCGAUCAGAUAUUGAUAGAGUAUUGUGAAACGUUAAUACUUUUUCAAAGGUGUAUGCAUACGAGGAUAUUCGUACGGUUUAACUUAAGAUGAUUGUUAGUUCCUUUAUUUAAAGAAGUGCGAAGACAAUGAGAAUAAUUACCUAGUAUAAAUGUAACAACCUGCCUUUUAGUGUUAGUGAAAAGGGAAGUGCUGUUUACUAAAUAAAGAAGCAAUAUUAUUGUAUUUGUUGUAGUCUGUAAUAAUACUAGAAACUUGUUAGGUUAAACUGUACAGAAUUCAAUAAGACUGAAUUAAUUUAAUGUAUGCCUAACUUAUUAUCUACUUAAACAAAUAUGUUUAUGUACAUACAUAUACGGUUAAAGCUUCAUUUAUGGAAUUGAAAUAAAAAUAAUUAUUUUUGAA